UUGCUCUAAGCUAACAACUAUGGCUCAGAUGGUUGGCAGAGAUGAGAUAGAGUCACUAAGAAUCGAGCUGGAAGAGUUCGGAAGAAGCUUUAGGGCAUCCUUUCGGAGUCAUUCCUCCAGUUUCCGAGCCAAUUCAGCGUUGAGUUCUGCCAAAGAUGAUGCGGAGGAUGCUCAAUUUGCUGAACAGUGGGCAGCCAUUAAUAGAUUGCCAACAUUCGAACGGUUAAAAUCAUCUUUGUUUGACAAGGAUGAGGGAAACGAGUUUGAUGGUGAAGGAAAGCGAGUUGUUGAUGUUACCAAGCUUCGAGCUCUGGAACGGCAUCUAUUCAUUGAGAAGCUCAUCAAACACAUUGAAAAUGAUAACCUUCGACUUUUGCGCAAAAUUAGAAACAGGAUUGACAAGGUUGGCGUAAAAUUGCCUACCGUGGAGGUGAGAUAUAAGAAUGUUUGUGUGGAAGCAGUGUGUGAGGUGGUUCACGGAAAGCCCCUUCCAACUCUUUGGAACUCAGCCAAAAGCAUGCUUUCAAUCUUUGCCAGGUUUCCGGGUUCAAAGUCACACGAGGCCAAGAUAAGGAUUAUUAAAGAUAUUAGUGGUACAAUAAAGCCAGGAAGAUUUACUUUGCUGCUUGGGCCCCCGGGGUGUGGGAAGACCUCCCUUCUUAAGGCGCUAUCAGGGAAUCUGGACAAAUCCCUCAAGUUCUCAGGCGAAGUUACAUACAAUGGACACAAACUAUCGGAUUUUGUCCCCCAGAAAACAUCAGCUUAUAUAAGCCAACUCGAUGUGCACAUUCCCGAAAUGACUGUGAGGGAAACACUCGAUUUUUCAGCCCGCUGUCAGGGUAUUGGAAGCCGAGCUGAUGUAAUGCUGGAAGUCAGUAAAAAGGAGAAGGAGGCAGGAAUAAUUCCGGAUCCAGAUGUAGAUACCUACAUGAAGGCAAUUUCUGUUCAAGGACUAAAACGAACCCUUCAGACGGACUACAUUUUGAAGAUCCUUGGACUUGAUAUAUGUGCUGACACGCUGGUUGGAGAUGCCAUGAGACAAGGCAUCUCUGGUGGUCAAAAGAAGAGAGUCACAACAGCGGAGAUGAUCGUUGGUCCCACAAAAGCUUUGUUCAUGGACGAAAUAACAAAUGGCCUAGACAGUUCCACUGCAUUCCAGAUUGUUUCUUGUCUUCAGCAGCUGGUGCACAUAACAGACGCUACUUUACUAGUUUCGCUUCUUCAGCCAGCACCGGAGGCCUUUGAUCUCUUUGAUGACCUUAUUUUAAUGUCGGAAGGGAAGGUUGUUUAUCACGGUCCACGCGAUCAAGUCUUGGAAUUUUUUGAGGAUUGUGGGUUUAAGUGUCCUGAGAGGAAAGGGGUUGCGGAUUUCAUUCAAGAGGUUAUCUCUGAAAAGGAUCAGUCAUACUAUUGGAACCGCACCGAACCUCACAACUAUGUAUCCGUUGAUAUGUUCUCGGAAAAAUUCAAGGCAUCUUGUUUUGGGAAGAAACUAGAUGAAGACCUGUUAGGGACAAAUGACAAGUCCCAAAACCAUGAGAAUGCUCUCUCCUUCAGCGUGGAUUCUCUUUCAAAACGGGAACUCUUUCGAGCUUGCGCAUCAAGAGAACUUCUUCUCAUGAGGAGGAACUCUUUUAUCUAUAUAUUCAAAACAAUUCAGCUUAUCGUCAUUGCAUUUAUUACAAUGACUGUGUUUUUGAGGACUAGAAUGGGUCUUGAUGUUACUCAUGGUAAUUACUACAUGGGGUCCUUGUUCUAUGCUCUCACAAUACUUGUCGUUGAUGGAAUUCCCGAGAUGUCCAUGACAAUUCAGCGACUAGAAGUAUUUUACAAACAGAGAGACCUGUGUUUUUACCCGGCUUGGGCUUACGCAGUUCCUGCAACACUUCUAAAAGUUCCUGUUUCACUUGUGGUAUCCCUGGUUUGGACUUCUCUUACCUAUUAUGUCAUUGGAUACAGUCCCGAGCCACAGAGGUUCUUCUGCCAGUUCUUGAUGCUUUUUGCUGUUCACUUUACAUCAUUGUCUAUGUUUCGCUUCCUGGCGUCGUUCUUUCAGACUAUGGUUGCCACUAUGACAGGCGGUAGCUUUGCAUUAUUGUUUCUCAUGCUAUUUAGUGGAUUCGUUAUCCAAAAACCUUCCAUGCCUGUUUGGUUAGAGUGGGGUUUUUGGGUUUCUCCCCUGACAUAUGGAGAGAUAGGCCUCUCUGUCAACGAGUUUCUUUCGCCGCGGUGGCAAAAGAUGCUAUCCCCAAAUUCUACUACGACUAUUGGGAGACAAAUACUUGAAAGCCGUGGCCUGAACUUUGAAGGAUAUCGCUACUGGAUAUCACUUGGUGCCUUGUUCGGAUUCGCAAUAGUUUUCAAUAUCGGAUUCACCUUGUCAUUGAGUUUCUUUAAGUCUCCUGGGACAUCUCGUGGGAUCAUUUCACACGAAAAGCUCUCUCAAAUUCGAAGUACUAAUGACAACCUUGGUGAUGCCAAUUUGAAGGAGAAGUCCACAAAUCAUCCUCCUAAAACAACUGAGAGCGGAAGGAUGGUCUUACCUUUCACUCCCUUGACGGUGGUGUUCCAAGAUGUGCAAUACUAUGUUAUUCCUGAGACAACCAGGGAACCGGGAUUUAAUCAGAAAAAGCUCCAGCUUCUGAGUGAUGUUACAGGAGCGUUUAGGCCCGGUAUCCUUACAGCACUGAUGGGUGUGAGUGGAGCUGGGAAAACUACGCUUCUUGAUGUUCUUGCAGGCAGAAAGACUAGUGGCUACAUUGAAGGAGACGUAAAGAUUGGUGGAUAUCCCAAGGUUCAAGAAACAUUUGCUAGGGUAUUGGGUUACUGUGAACAGACCGAUAUACAUUCUCCACAAAUCACAGUAGAAGAAUCUUUGAUCUUUUCUGCUUGGCUGCGUCUGGCUUCGCAGAUUGACUCAAAAACAAAAUCUGAGUUUGUGAAUGAAGUUCUUGAGACAAUUGAGCUUGAUGGAAUAAAAGAUGCCUUGGUUGGUAUACCUGGUGUUAGUGGUCUGUCAACAGAGCAGCGUAAACGCCUUACAAUUGCUGUGGAGCUUGUUUCAAACCCCGCCAUAAUCUUCAUGGAUGAACCUACGACUGGUUUGGAUGCAAGAGCUGCUGCGAUAGUGAUGCGGGCAGUGAAGAAUGUUGCUAAUACAGGAAGAACAAUUGUUUGCACCAUCCACCAACCGAAUAUCGAUAUAUUUGAGUCAUUUGAUGAGCUAAUUCUAUUGAAAACCGGAGGGCUUAUAAUCUACUCUGGACCGUUGGGACAACACUCGAGUAGGGUUAUAGAAUAUUUUCAGAGUAUUCCCGGGGUUCAAAAGAUUCGCGAUAACUACAAUCCAGCAACAUGGAUGCUAGAUAUCACUUCUACAUCAGCUGAAGUUGAACUUAGACUUGAUUUUGCCCAAAUAUACAGACAAUCUUCUUUACAUGAGAACAAUAUAGAGCUUGUGAGACAGUUGAGUACCCCACCUCCUGGCUCAACAGAUCUGCAUUUCGCUACCCGAUUUUCUCAAAAUGGCUGGAGACAAUUCAAGUCUUGCCUUUGGAAGCAGAACUUGACUUACUGGAGGAGUCCCGCAUACAACUUGAUGCGCAUCAUGCAUACGCUUGCAACAUCUCUAAUUUUCGGGGCCUUAUUUUGGAACCAAGGACAGAAUCUAACCAACCAGCAAAACUUGUUUAAUGUACUUGGUUCAAUGUUCGCCGGUGUCAUAUUCUUGGGCAUAAAUAACUGCUCAACCGUUUUGCAACACGUUUCAACGGAGAGAACUGUCAUGUACCGCGAAAAUUUUUCAGGGAUGUAUUCUCCGUGGGCAUUUUCACUUGCACAGGUUGCAGUUGAAUUUCCCUAUCUAUUUGUCCAGGCAGCCACAUUUACGAUCAUCACAUAUCCAAUGAUUGGAUACUAUGCGUCAUCAUACAAGGUUUUCUGGUACUUUUAUGCUAUUUUUUGCUCAUUCCUGUACUACAAUUACAUGGGAUUGAUGCUCGUGUCGUUGACGCCAAACUACUUGGUAGCUGCAAUUCUCUCCUCGGUUUUCUACACAUUGUACAAUCUGUUUGCUGGUUUUCUGAUUCCUGAACCGCAAAUUCCGAAAUGGUGGAUUUGGUUGUAUUACAUGACUCCUACAUCUUGGUCAAUGAAUGGUUUGCUUACUUCACAAUAUGGAGACAUAAACCAGGAGGUUAUAGUGUUUGGCGAAACCAAAACUGUGUCUGCCUUCUUAAAGGAUUACUUCGGGUUUCACCACGAUCAGCUGGCUCUGGUGGCGGUAGUUCUCAUUGCUUUUCCGAUUGCUUUUGCAUCCAUUUUCGCCUUCUGCAUAGGACGGUUGAACUUCCAGAGGCGGUGAAUGUGUGAUGAAUCUCCUCUAGCCACAGUUGAAAAUGUCACACAUCGGUAGAGCUAGUAUGCCUUCUGUUUGUAUGUAUAAAUCUGUCAGUCUGUACCAAUUAGAGCUGUCAAUGUAUCGGAUUUUUAUUAUAAAGCUAAUAUGAAUUUUCUUGUAAUAAAAGAGGAUCAGGCGAUGAUAGCUUCUCGACUGAGAGCCUACGGUGUCCAUUCCCUUAUUUGUAUU